AUGGCAGACGCAGGUGCUGCAGCUCCCGCUUCUGCGCGGGCUGAACAGCAGCAGCAGCAGCAGCAAGAGCAGCAGCAGGGCCACUCUGUCUCCAGCUCAAGCAGCCCUUGCGUCUCAGCGGAGAAGAAUGCCUCUGCAGACAACACCGAGGGGCCACUCCGCUGCGCCUCAGCUUCAGCAGCAAGUAAAAAUGAGGGCAAGAGCAGAUCCUGCGCUGCUGCUGCUGCUGCUGAGGCGUUCGUGGCUCGCCUCGCCGAAGUGUACACAGUAGACGAGUCCGCGUCAGCAGCAGACGCAGCAGCAGCAGCAGCAGCAGACACAGCAGCAGCAGCAGCAGGCACAGCAGCAGCAGCAACAGGCGCACGGACACCCCGCGCCUCCGCCUGCGUCGCCUGGGAGCUGCAGCAGCUGCCGCAGCAGGGCGAGUUGAUAGUUAACGUUCUUGUGCGUCUGGAGCAGCUGCUGAAGCACAAGGGGGAGGCCACUCAAAUCUUAAAGGCUCUGGUGGCGGAGCAGAGAGAUGAGCUGACGAAGGCUGCUUCGGUUUUGGGCCAUUUGCUGCUGCCUUUGUCAAUUCUGGAGCAGCAGCAGCGGCAGCAGCAGCUGCAGCAGGAGCAGCAGCAGCUGCUGCGGCUGCAGCAGCUCGAAGCCGCCGUUACUGCUGCUGCUAGUUGCUCCUUUGCGGCUGCUGACUUGCCGCUGCAGGCAGCUCUUCUCAUGGAAGCUGCUGCUCUAAGCAUCUCUACGAAGACAAGCAGCACAAAUGUAACAAAUGCAACAAAUGCAACAAAUAUAACAAAUGCAAUAACUGCAACAAAUGCAACAAAUAUAACAAAUAAUAUAAUUGAUGCAAAAGGAGUGAACGGCGCAAGCCCAGAAGUGGAUCCAAAGGCGCAGCAGAAGAUACAGCUGUAUGCAAAAAGAGCAGCAGCAAAGGCGCAGCAGAUGACCAACAGACUUAAAUCCGAACUCAGCUGCGUGCUGCAGUUGGCGGCGCGUUCACUGCCGCCCCCCUCUUGCAGCUGCUGCUGGAAAAGGCCUGCAAAACCUGCUGCUGCUGCUGCUGCUGCUGCUGCUGCUGCUUCAGGCAGUAGCGAGGACACAUGGGGGCUGUAUUACUCUGCGGUUAGCGCCUUUUCUCUGCUGCCCCCCUCGUCCUCCGUGGGCGCUGCUGUUGCUGCAGCAAUAGCAGCAGCAGCUGCUGCUGCAGCACGUCAGGUGCUGUUUGCGUACGUGCCUGCUGAUGCUGCCGCCUUCUCAGAGGCAGAGGCUGAGAGCCUUGAGGUGCGCCAGCAGCUGCGGAGCAGACUGCUGCUGCUGCCGGACGCUGCUGCUGGUCCGGGGACAGCAGCAGCAGCAGCAGCUGCUGCUGCUGCAGGCGCAGCAGCAGCAGCAGCAGAUGUCUUGGGCCUCCCGUCUGCCGCUUCUCUCGCUACUUCUGUUGCAGCAGCCGAUGGCGCUGCUUGUCUUAUUAGGCUGAUGGGCUUGCUGUUUGACUUUCUCGUCGGCGCUGCUGCUCUUAUUAGGUGGCACGCAGCAGAGGCUCUCUGGGUACUGGACGAAUGGUCACAGCAGCAGCAGCAGGCACAGCAGCAGCAGCUCAUGCUGCUGCAGCAGGAGCAGCUGCAUCAGGAGCAGCUUCAGAAGCAUCGGCAAGCGCAACGCGAGGAAGAUGGUGCUGCUGCUGGCAGCAGCAAAACAGACUUCGACAUUGCAGCAGCAGCUGCAGCAGCAGCGGCAGCUGAAUCGACAGGUGGCAGCAACAGCAACAGCCCAAGCGCAAUGGAAUUGGCAGCAAGAGCGCGGCAGAGGCUACGAGGUCUCCCGUCUGGUCUGCGACUGGGUUUAUUUUUGCUGCAAGUGCGGCGGCUGCUGCUGCAGCAGCGGCGCAGCUUGUGGGAGCAGCUGCAGCAGCAGAUAGCUGAGGUGGCUGCUGUGGUGCCCAUCGCUGUAGAUGACUCUGCUGCACUUUCUGAUUUUAUAUCUUUUGCUACAGCACUGAGAGCCUUUACUGCAGCGGGAGAGGCGUUCGUUGCUGCUGCUAACCCAGAGGCUGACAAAUUGUUGCAGGCAGCAGCAACAGCUGCAGCAACAGCAACAACCCUAGCAACAGCAGCAACAGGCGCAGCAGCGGCAGGCCUCAGUGAUGGGCUCUUGGAUUUGCAAACACUUGCAGAUGCGACAGCAGCAGCUGUAGCAGCGGACGCAGCAGCAGCAGCAGCAGCACUAACAGCAGCUGCUGCAGCUGCAGCUGAUCCUGGCGCGGUGGACUCGUGCAGAGGUACCGCCAACUCCAGCAGUACCACCAAAAGCAGCAGCAGAAACAGCAGCGGCAGCAGUAGCUGCAGCAGCAGCAGCAGGUUGCAUGAGCUGCUGCUGCUGCGAGUUGAAGCUGCGCUGUCUCACCUGGAGACAGAAACCAUUGCUGUUCUGCUGCAACAAAUCAGGAAAGAGAGCUGGGAUCGACUCCCGGUGAGACACAGGCAGCCCGUGCUGCUGCUUUCCUUUCACAGCAGCAGCAGCAGCAGCGGCAGCAUCUCUUGGCCGCUGCCGUCGGCUGCACUAGAGGACUCGUGCUUCGCCACAGCGCCUCCGCUUCCCACCAGCGACGCCGACGGGAAUGCCUCCAGUUUAAAUGCAGCAAACGGAAAUAAAGGAAGACAACUAAAUAAAAGCUCAAAGAGGUGUCAAAGGUGCGGGCAGCAGCUGGUGGCGGCCAACGCACAAAACCCAUUUGCCACGUGGCAGCCAGGCAAGCCCUUUGCUGCAGCAGCAGCAAUGGAUCCUGCUCGGGCCCUGCAGCAGCAACAGCAGCAGCAGCGCUCGUUAGCUGCUGCAGAGCUAGCUGCGAUAGAUUUGGAGCUGCGAGCAGCAGCAGCAAGCUCAGUGAGGUGUACAGGCAGCUCUCCGGUGGUCGUUGCUGCUGCCGCUGCAGUAGCGAGGAAACUUGAGGUGUAUUGGCAGCUUGCUGCCGCAGCGCCAGGGGCAGCAGCAGCCACAGUAGCAGCGAUGCUGCGGUUGCUGCGGCUGUACAUUGCUGCUGCUGCUGCUGCUGCCCUCCCAGGGGAGUUGAGCUCGCUGCUGGCUGAGCCUUGCUCAGCCGCUUUGUGUCUAAGUACCGAAAAAAGCAAAAUGGAAAAAAUUAAAACUGAAAAGAGCAAGAAGGACAGGAGGAUGUGCGCCUUCGUUGCAGCAGCAGAGGACGCCCAGCUGCUGAAGCUGCUGCUGCCGCACCUCGCGUUGUUGCUGCAGCAGACAAACGAGCACCUCAAACCCUUAAAGCACAGGCUGACAUUUCAAUUCAGCAGCAGCAGCAGCAGCGGUGAAGGGCUGGACAGCAGCAGCUCCUCUCUAUCGCUGACGAGCAGCACGCGGCUGCCUCACUCUCAGCAGCAGCAGUUGCUGCUGCUACAGCUGGUGCCGCCCAUGCAGCAGCAGCAUAGCCCGGGGUCCCUAUGGGGCCUCACGCACAAAGUUUCUGCUGUGGAGUCAGCUCAGCAGCUGCUACAGGCUCUACACACCCAGUUAAUUAUGCAUGGCCUGCAGCAGGAGCAGCAGAAACAGCAGCAGCAGCAUGGGCGACAAAGCUCCCAGCAGCAGCAGCAGCAGGAGCAGCAGCAGCAACACCAGGUUGGUGCUGGUUGCAAUACGGGCUUGUUAUCAUCUUUGUCCUUUGAAGAGCAGCAGCAAAUAAUAAACACAAUAAAAGAUACGGAGAUGGCGGUUAGCGAGUUGCGGGCUCUAGUGUAUAGACACCUCGCGUCUCUCCUGUGCAACAGCAGCGCCUUCAUGGACGCAGUUGCUGCUGCUGCCAAAGAAACAGCAGCAGCAGACUGGGGGCCUCCGGCUGUAGCAGGAGGAGUAGCAGCAGCAGUGCCUGCUGCCUUUGCUGCGGCCGCGCAGCAGCAGCAGCGGCAGCUGCGGGACCUGUACUGGAAGCUGCGCUGCGCUGGCGGCGGCAGCAUCCCGCAGCAGCAACAGCAGCAGCUGUGGGCUAGCAUAGUGAGUCAAUGCGUGGCAGAUGCAGCAGCAGCAUUCGCCGCUGCACCCUUGCCUGUAGAUACACUCGACAACUGCUUCUGUGCUGCUCCGCUGGUGGCUCUUGCCGAGUCUCUCAAAGACAUUAUUAGAGAAGCAAGCGCGCAGCACGCCAGAGCAGCAGCAGCAGCAGCUGCUGCUGCUGCAGGAGAAGGAACAGCAGCAGCAACCGCAGAAGCGCCUGCCGCUGGGCGCCCGUCGGAGCACGGGCUGCACGCAUACCCCGCGAACCCAGCUAGGACUGACUCAGCAGCAGCAGCAGCAGCAGCAGCAGCAGCAGCAGCGGAUCCUCUGUCGCUGGAGGCUGCAGCUUUCGACUCUCUGGUUGACAUAUGCUCGCGGCCAGCGCAGGAGCAGCUGCGGUGGUGCCACGAGCAGCGGGAGAGGCGCAGCGCCUUCUUUCAGCAAAGGCAAAUGAACUGCAGCGAAGUAUUCAACAAUAUGAAAAGCAAUCUAAGAAGCAGCAGCGCGAGCGGCGGCUCGGGGCAGCUGCUGCUUGCCCAGCAGAUCCAGCGGCAGCUGCUGCAGCGGCUGCAGCAGCUGCAGCAGCUGACGGACAGAUGA